AUGGUUGGCCUCCCAGCCAGAGGCAAGAGUCUCAUUGCUGGAAAAGCGAUGCGAUAUCUUGCCUGGGUUGGCAUCCCCGCUCGGGUAUUCAACGUCGGCAGCUACCGUCGUGCAGGCACGCCACAGCCCAAUGCGAACUUCUUCGACCCUCAUAAUACCGAAGGCGAAAAAAUGAGACGCGCCGCCGCCGAAGCUGCGGUGUCUGAUAUGCUCCAGUGGUUUCAGUCCGGGAAAGGCGUCGUAGCUAUUUUGGAUGCGACCAAUUCCACGAAAGAGCGACGGCGCUGGAUCCAUGAACGCUGCCAGGAGGCAAACGUUGAAACAUUAUACGUCGAGUCAAUAUGUGAUGAUGAAGACUUGAUCAUGAACAACAUCUUGGAAGUCAAGACAACGUCGCCGGACUACAAGGGGCAGGACCCGGAAGUUGCUGCUCUCGAUUUCCGUAACCGCAUUCGCAACUACGAGAAGGUCUAUGAGACCAUUGAUGAUAACGAGAAGCACUUCACCUACGUCAAACUCAUCAAUGUCGGGUCUACCGUCAUCAUAAAUCAGAUUAAGGAUUACCUUUCCAGUCGGCUGGUCUACUACAUCCAGAACCUUCACAUCAAACCUCGCUCGAUCUGGUUAUCUCGACACGGCGAGUCAGAAUAUAAUCUAACGGGGAAAAUUGGCGGCGACUCCAACAUUUCAGAGCGAGGAGAGGCAUACGCCCGAGCGCUGCCCGGGUUAUUAAAGAAGUCUGGGGUUCCACCCAACACCAAGAUCGUUAUUUGGACGUCAACUCUGAAACGUACGAUUCAAACGGCUCGUCAUCUCGCCGCGGAGACGGGCUUCGAGAAGCUAGAGUGGAAGGCGCUGGAUGAACUCGACUCCGGAGUCUGCGACGGACUCACGUACGAGCAGAUUGCGGAAAAGUACCCGGAAGACUUUGCUGCGCGCGACGAAGACAAGUACAACUACCGCUACCGGGGUGGCGAGUCAUACCGCGAUGUAGUCAUCCGGCUAGAGCCAAUUAUCAUGGAGCUGGAGCGUAGCGAGAACGUCAUCAUUGUCACGCACCAGGCCGUUCUCCGCUGCAUCUAUGCCUACUUCCUCAACACGCCGCAGGAGCAAAGUCCCUGGAUGGAGGUGCCGCUCCAUACGCUCAUCAAGCUCACGCCGCGCGCAUAUGGCACCGACGAGCAGCGCUUCAAGGCGGACAUCCCCGCUGUUUCGACAUGGCGGGCGAAGGGCACAUACUCCGUGUUGGCGUAUGGGGAUCGCGUCCUGGCGGGGCUGAAUAAUGGGAGUUUGAGGAUAUAUCGGGUGAAUGAGGAGGAGGAGGAAGAAGAUGGAGGAGGAGGGGGAGAAGGGGAGGUGCGGCAGCAGCAGGAUGGUGAUGGGAAGGGGAAGGGGAAGAAAGAUACUACCGAGCAACAACAACAACAACCACAUGGAAACGGCAACGGCAACGGCAAUGCAGAGACGGGGAUAAUCGCGAACGGGACUACGAACGGGAACCGGGAACAACAACAACAGCAUAGCAAGAAGCCCACGGAGCUACUCCGCGAAGUGGAAAAGUUCUCGAGGUACAAGAUCGAGCAGUUGGCGUUGAUUAAGGAGGCCAAGGUGCUUGUUUCUCUGUCCGGGGGAUAUGUGUCGUUGCAUGAUCUGGGGACGUAUUCGUUGCAGGAGCAAUUGGGGAAGACGAAGGGGGCGACGACGUUUGCGGUGACGUCGAAUAUCGAGAAUGAUUCCGAAACGGGCGUGCCUGCUAUUGUGUCGAGGGUGGCGGUGGCGGUGAAGAGGAAGAUAAUGGUGUGGGUGUGGAGGGAUAUGGAGAUGGAAGCCGGCGGGCCUAUGGAGAUGACGCUGGUGAGCGGGAUUAAGACGCUGACGUGGGUGUCUGGAACGAGGUUGGUGGCUGGGUUGGGAUCUGGGUUUGUGAUGGUUGAUAUUGAGGGGGAUGGUGGGACGGUGACGGAUUUGACUGGUCCGUCUGGGAUAGGGGGGUUAGGGGGUCAGGAGAGUACGGGGAGACUGGCCGGGGUGGGAGUCGCCAGUAUGAGUUAUAUGGGGCUUGGGGGCAGUGCGCCGAAGCCGUUGGCGACGAGGUUGAAGGAGGGUCAGGUGUUACUGGCCAAGGAUAUCAAUACGCACUUUAUUGAUGUGCAGGGGAAUUCGCUGGGGAGGAGGCAGAUUCCGUGGAGUCAUGCGCCGGCAGAUAUAGGGUAUUCGUAUCCAUUUCUGCUGGCGCUGCAUGAUGCCUCGAAGGGAGUGUUGGAGGUGCGGAAUCCGGAGACGUUGUCACUGUUGCAGUCGGUGCCGUUACCGUCUGCCAGUAUUAUGCAUAUCCCGCAGCCGACAAUUAGUCUGGCGCAUGCUGGGAAGGGCUUCUUGGUGGCGAGUGAUCGGACAAUAUGGCGGAUGGAGGCGCUGAGUUAUGAUACGCAGAUUGACUCGCUGGUCGAGAAGGGGUAUCUGGACGAGGCGAUCAGUCUGGCUAGUAUGCUGGAGGAUGCGCUGCUAAGGGAUAAGCAGGGCCGGCUGCGCCAGAUCAAGCUGGAGAAGGCUGAGGGGCUGUUCAAGAUGCGAAAGUAUACUGAUUCGAUGGAUCUAUUCACGGAGAUAUCUGCGCCCCCGGAGACGGUUAUACGACUGUAUCCGAAGAUUAUCGCGGGGGAGCUGUCGUCGAUUGUCGAGGAGCCGGAGGAGUCCGAAGAUGGGACGACAGAUAGCUUGUCUAAGACGCAAGAGAACAAUAGCCCAACGGAUGCGCCGGCUGCGGAGGAAGCGCCAGCGCCGAAGACACUCUCGCAUGCUCCGUCGGUGAUGUCGCUUCUGCGGACGCGGACAGAUGAUGCCAGCGAUGCGGGCAGUAUCCGGGGCAAGGUCGUCGAGGAGGCCAAGAGUGACAAGGCGCUGGAAGGGGCCGAUCUCAAGCUGGCUGUUCGUGACCUGCAGAGGUAUCUGGCGGACGUGCGGAGGCGGUUCCAGCGCUUCCUGAACCCGGAUGGGACGCUGAAGGUGGUCGAUGCGACGACGGACAGCGCGAACGAUGCGUUGACGGACUCCGUCAUGAAGCUGCUGAGCAUUGAUCCGGAGGGCGAGUAUGAUCUUGGGGAAAAGCUGCGGGAAAAGGCAAGACUCGUGGACACGACUCUUUUCCGGGCGUACAUGUACGCUAUUCCAGCACUGGCAGGGUCAUUAUUCCGCAUUGCCAAUUUCUGCGACCCAGAUGUAGUCAUGGAGAAGCUGGAGGAGACAGGACGUCACAACGAUUUGAUUGACUUUCUUUACGGAAAGAAGCUGCAUCGGCAGGCGUUGGAGCUACUCCAGAAGUUUGGACAAGCCGACGAGGAAGAAGAGACAGCGCCGCAGCUGCACGGACCGAAGCGAACAGUCAAUUAUCUGCAAAAUCUGUCUCCAGACCAUAUUGAUUUGAUCCUCGAGUUCGCUGAGUGGCCGGUACGACAGGACCCUGAGCUGGGCAUGGAGAUUUUCCUGGCAGAUACGGAGAACGCGGAGACGCUACCGAGAGACCGCGUGCUAGACUUCCUGCAAGGCAUUGAUGUCAAUCUGGCUGUCCGAUACCUGGAGCAUAUCAUUGGGGAACUGAAUGAUAUGACACCAGAUUUGCAUCAGAAACUGCUCGUCCUUUACUUGGAACGACUGAAAAAGCAUCAAGCGAAAGAAUGGGAGUUUUCGAGUCUGGAUGACUAUGUUAAUUGGCAGAGCAAGUUCUUGAAUAUGCUCAAGUCCAGCUCCCAGUAUUCUCCGGCUAAGAUUCUAGAUCGUUUGGACCGGGAUGAUCCCGAGUUCUUCGAGGCACGAGCGAUUGUCUUCAGCAAGAUGGGACAACACCGGCAGGCACUGGAAAUCUACGUGUUCAAGUUGGAGGACUACGUCAAGGCUGAAGAAUACUGUAAUCAUCUCCAUAAAGUGGAAGAUACAACUGCUGCGGAUGGAGCAGCUUCGCGCUGUGUAUCUCUACUGCCGUAUGAGGAUGACAAACCACCGAUUUAUUUGACUCUAUUGUCUCUAUAUCUAUCGCCGCCGCAUGGCUACAAGCCACGGUACGGGCCCGCGCUUGAGGUGCUGGCCAAACAUGGAUCCCGGCUGCCACCUAAUUCUGCUCUGGAUCUGAUCCCGGAAUCGCUCCCGGUCAAAGAGCUCGAGUUUUAUUUCAAGGGCCGUAUGCGGGCCGCCAACACAAUCCUUAACGAGAGCCGGAUCGUGGCCAACCUGCAAAAGGCCGAAGACAUCAAGACGCAGGCGCAAUUGUUGGUAGGAGAGGGGACGGACGGGCGAUCGACGCGCUCGCGACAUGUCACCAUUACCGAAGAACGGGUCUGCGGCAUCUGCCACAAGCGGAUCGGAGGCAGUGUGAUUAAUGUGUUUCCGGAAGGUUUCUUUUUUGUGCUUUCCGUGGUUUCUUCUUUCUCGCUUUGUUUGAUCUUCCGCAUUUCCUGGCCAUGUCUUGUUCAACGAAAGCAUACCGGAGUGGCGGACAUUUCCUACACGAUGAUACCCUGGGAUAGCGCCGUCUCACUUCCAGAUGUGGCCGAAUCAAGCAUCCUCUUCCACAACCUCCUCUCCGUAGUUUUCCUCCUCCUUGGCUUCCUUUUCCGAGACCUUUUGACCCUGUGCCUCGGCAGCCUUCUUGUCCUCUUCCAUGCGCUCGGUCAGGAACACGUUGAUGUCGUUCUCCAUCUAUUCGCUCACAUCAUGUUGCGCUCGCCGGUGUCGCCCGAGCGAUCCUCGUCUCGCUCACCUCUUCCUCCUCCUCAUCCUCCUCCUCAUCCACUUUCACAGCCCCCUCGCCGCUCCUUCGACGACUUCUCCUACGCCCGCCCUGCUUCCUCAGGCAGUGAUGCCUCGUCGAUUACUUCCAAUGUGACCACCAUCUCGCCGCGUCACUCUGCCCUCAAUCCCGGUGCCGUGUCGGUGACCUCCUCUCCUCGUCCUCCACGUACCUCAUCCAUCACCGCCAACACCACCGCUCCUCCUCCUCCCAUUUCGACCGCCACCACAAAUACUACCUCCUCUUCUUCUUCUACCAUUCGAUCCCCCGUUUCCUUCAUGCCUCAUGGUGAGAUCCUGAGCAGGAAACCGUCGGGUCGUGGUGGCCCGCCGGAACUGCAGAGACGCUCUCGUCACCACUCGCAGGGCUUCUUCGAGCCAUCCCUCCCCACCGCAUCCUCCUCCGAGGCUACCAUCUCCGCUUCCAGAAUCGCAGCCCAGGCGGCCAUGCUCCAGCAACAGCAGACCGCUCCUCAGAAUCCUCCUAAGCGUCCUCCGCCAGUGCGGGGUGUGUCAGAAGACGGUUCCCGGUCCCGACGAGGUGGGAGCGCUUCCCCUCCGCCCCCGCCGCCCCCAGCGCCGUUGUUUGCGCCCCCAACAAGCGCAGGAAGUGCAUCUGGGGCAUCAUAUCAGAGUGGGUCGACGAAUGGGAAUACACAUGCCGCAACGACGGCGGCAAAUGUGGUGUUUCCCCGGAAUCCCGCGCUGCAGCCGCCCGGCCUGGAGCCGCCCGUAGAGCGGGAGCACAAGCACAAGGGCGAGAAAUCGAAGAUGAAGCUAUUCUCGAAACCGAAGCAUAUUGGGAUAAGUCGGGAUAAGGACGGGAUCAGUAAGGACCGGGGCCUGCCGUCGCCGAGUAAGAUGGGGUUUCCGAGCGGAGGAUUAUCGCGGAUCGUGAGUGCGUCGACGACGAGCUUGGCUGAUACGUUUCCCUCGAAUAAUUCGUCACUCUACAACUUGUCGAACGCGUCGGCAAGUACGGUGGUUCCGGCCGAUAAGCCGGUGGGGAGUGAGAAGGAGAAAGAGAAGGAUAAGGAUAAGCACAAGCAUCACUUCUUGUCGCGGCAGAAGUUGAAGCUGAAAGACCGAGAUGAUCAUUACAACCUGCCGCUAUCGUCGGCGUCGAGUAACUCGAAACCUUCGGAUCCGAAUGCCCCUCAGUCGCUGUAUUCUUUUACCCCGGCUUCGCCUGGUGCGGUCACGACUACGUUUGGGAAAAGCGUGAGCGGCUUGGACCUGCUCCACGGGUUACGAGAUAAGAAGAAGGAAGAGAAAGCAUUAGAGUCGGAACAGCUGGACUGGGUGGCCAACUCGUCGGGACCUGCGCCGGGGACGUUUGCAGGCCCGUCGUCGCUGGGCAGCUCCACGGGGGUUCUGGCAGAGGCUGCGCUUCGAGAGACCCUCCAGGGUUUUGGACUGAAUAACAUGACGCCGGAAGAUGCGUGGGACUUUCUCAAGGCCAAGCUUAUGGUUAUUUUUGACGGAGAGGAUGUUCGCAUCGCCAUCGAGGAUCUGAACAAACUGGUUCUCAUCCAUAUUCAGCGGUGCGUCCAGAAACGCAUGCCCACCGCCGUGGUAGACGACUUGCGCGAGCUAUUAGAGACAGGGUGUGCAUCUUUGAACCAUACGCUGAACGGCAUUCCUGAUGAGAAGCUGGUCCCUCAUCUGGUACAAGUCUGGAUGCUCUUCAAGGGAUGCGGAUCCGUGAUGAACCGCCGAGAAGCCAGUGAGUUCUGGUCAUCCACAUUCAAUGGCGAGUACCCCGGCUGCGAGCUGGACGUGCGCAAUCUCGUUCUAAUUGCCUUCCGCGACAUGGUCAUCCUCUACCGGUAUGACGUGCUAAAGGCAACCUUCUCCCGCCUGAGCUUAGACAGCAUCAAGCUCGGCACGGCAGCGCUGAGUGUCACGACCAAGAGCAGCAGCAACAGCGCACGGCCAACGACAUCGGCCUCGCUGGACGGCGGGUUCGGCAGCUACAGCUCGCAGUCGUCGACGCUCCUCAACGCCGCGAACAGCUACUCGUCUGACUCACUAGACUGCAACCGCAGCCGGGCGGCGUCCAACACGUCCAACCCGGACCAGCUGAUCUUCCAGUCAUUCUCGUCACCGACGCAACGGCCCAGUAUCAUCCACCGGUCGUCGCACACAGACACGUCACACAUCAUCACCGAGACGGUGGGACGGAUGCUCCAGUGCGUCAGCGUGUUGGCCAGCGUGCAAACCGGCGAUCGAGCACAAGAGCAGAUCGAGCUCCUGAGCAAGGAGCUGAAGCAUAACUGGCUCGGCCGCGGACGCACGGGACGAGACCGGCGUGGGUUCGUAGGGACGAAGAUCCGGCCGGCGAUAGUAGCCCGCACAGACAGUGAUGAUUAUAUGAGGGAUGGGAUGGAGGAUUACGGGCGUCGGGAAUUAAGUGUGUUGUGA